CGCUUCUACGCACUGCAAUAAGCAAACAUGGCGGCCGUUGUCGACAGUGUUGUGAAAGUCCUUGGAGAGCAGUAUUACAGAGAUGCUAUGGAGCAGUGCCAUAGCUACAAUGCUCGUCUUUGUGCCGAACGCAGCAUCCUCAUGCCUUUCCUGGACUCUCAGACUGGUGUUGCUCAGUCUAACUGUUACAUCUGGAUGGAAAAGAGACACCGGAGUGCUGGUGUAGCUCCAGGGCAGCUGUACUCUUACCCAGCCCGUCGUUGGAGGAAGAAGCGGCGUUCCCAUCCUCCCGAGGACCCUCGCUUGGCCUUCCCCCCUCUCAAAGCAGCUGACCUAGAGCUCGGCCUAAAGCGCGAUACCUUGGGAGCGGUAGAUGGAAGCAGCUUGGAGGCCUUGCUGAAAGGGGAGCCACUUGAGAGGAGAAGUGGUGUGUCAGAGCUCCGUGGCCCAGAGGAUGAUACACCCGCCGUGGAGCCUCCAGCUACGUCAACAGUUACUCACACAUCUUCUGGCCGCAUCCGUAAGAGGGUCCUUGACCAUGACGACUACUUGGACGAUCUGGAUGAUGAAGAUUUUGAAGAUGAAACUCCCAAGAGACGAGGCAAGAGCAAGUCCAAGGGCCGAAGUGACAAGAAUGGCAAGAAGAAAACAGAGGCUGCAGCUGCUGCACUGGAGGAGAGGGAUAAACCGUACGCCUGCGACAUUUGUGGGAAGCGCUACAAGAAUCGUCCUGGCCUGAGCUACCACUAUACACACUCUCAUCUGGCAGAGGAGGAGGGCGAGGACCGCGAGGAGAUCGAGGCACCACCCACUCCUCGCCAGCCUGAGGAACAGAAGACAACUAAGAAAGGUCCCAACGGACUGGCACUGCCCAACGACUACUGUGACUUCUGUCUGGGAGACUCCACCCUAAACCAAAAGACCGGCCAAUCUGAAGAGCUGGUAUCCUGCUCAGACUGCGGACGUUCAGGUCACCCAACAUGCCUGCAGUUCACACCAGUGAUGAUGGCUGCAGUGAAGACCUACCGCUGGCAGUGCAUUGAGUGCAAGUGCUGCAACGUUUGUGGCACUUCGGAGAAUGAUGACCAGCUGCUGUUCUGUGAUGACUGUGACCGAGGUUACCACAUGUACUGUCUAACUCCACCCAUGACUGAACCACCAGAGGGGAGCUGGAGCUGCCACCUGUGCCUGGCUCUGCUGAAGGACAAAGCCUCCAUAUACCAGCAGAACCAGAGCUCUGUCCAUGAGUGACAUCCAGACCAACCCUGCCCCUCUGCACCAGGACCCCCCCAAUCCAAAUGUCAGACCUCUUCUCAGUACAGAGCUCCAGGCUCUGUCCAGAUGUUGCUGAACCAGGUCGCAGAUCAGUUUUACAAGUCUGUCUUAUCUACAGUGCUAGCAGGGGGGGGACUCAAAACCAAAACAGACCUCAGAUCAGUCAACACGUGGAUCAAAACAUCACUACCAGUCUGCCUGCCAAGUCCCCGGGGCUUGCUGUCAAACAUGUAACAUAUUGUGUGUAAAUACAGUAUUGGCACACACUGUGUCCUGGACGGUUACACACAUGCAGAACUUGAGUGAGUGUGCGGUAACCAUGGUAACUGCUGUCGCCAUGGGAGCUCACAGGAGAAAAUGGAUUCACAUCACAGCAAAUUAUCUCGACCCACUCAGACACAGUGAGGAUUAUUGAGAAAAAAACAUUUUUUUUCUCCUGCCAAAUGUUCUAUUUUUAAUCUAUGAAAGUGGCGAAAGGAAGACGUCACCAUAUACAUGGUCAAGGAAUAUUAUUCUUAUUGUUUCUCGUUACUAGUGGGCUUUUGUAGUGGCAUUGUCCUGUGUACUGUUGUCUGAACCGUUGGGCCGUUUACUGUAUGUUUUAAUGAGGUUUCCUGGAGGAAGAAGCGCUCAGUGCCAAUGUCUGCCUUCGUAUGAGACACACAUUGCAGCUACUCCUCUCUGUUCAGAGGGAGCUCGUCAGAAGCACCACCAAGCUUAAUUAGGAAAGGGGGUGUCAUACUCAAUUUGUGGCAUGAAGGUCUUAAAGUCAGCACAAAGGCUUAUGGCAUUACUUCUUAAAAAAAAACAAAAAAAACAAGACUUUUUAAUAUACCAGUCUGUUAAAUGCAGGCUGUGUUCAUCAACCAAAAUGGUCAUACGAUGUCAUUUUCAACAUAGGUUCUCCAUAAAACAGUGUUAAUGCUCUUAUUUUUAAAAGCCUCAUGCUUGAUGAGGAGAUUAAUAGUAGUUCCAUAUUCUAGUACACUCUAAGUCCAGUUUCUGAAACACAAGUGAUCGAAAUUUGUAUAAUUUUCUCAAAGAUGUGUUUUUGUCAAUAUAUUUUUUUUAAAAUAUUGUGACAUUUACAUAAUUUCACACAUAUUAAACAGCUGCUGUCACACCAACAACACUCAUUUACUGUAGCUUCUUUUCAUCAUUUGUCACCGAGGCUUAUUUGCAUGCAGAUUGCACCUGUAUUGACGCACACAAACUUGCAUCACAAGUGUUUCUUACAUUUUUUUUUUAUUUUAUUUUACAUUAUACCUAAUGUUUCAAAAGUAUUGGGAGCUUUUUCUAAUAAAAUUUUGUGAACUCUAUGGUAUAGCUAACAUUUCAACUACAAUAUAUAUCACUCCCAAUGCAUUUUAUGUACUGUACUGACUUUUUCUAUUUUGUUAUGACUGUGACAUGUUCAAAUUAAUUUGAUUAUUCUGAUAUGUCAGACCUUCAUCAUAAGUUUUUGUAAAAUGACUUGCAUUGUUGUACUAUUUUUAUUUUUACAUUCCUUUGGUAUUAAAGUGGCCCGACUGAAAUAAAA